CUCAUACAAUCUUUACUCCUCUACCAACAUUUGCCAUUGCACGCUGCAUCUUAUCCUUCCAAGGUCUCGAUUCUCCGAAACAAUGCCACAGAUCCCACAGAUCCCCGGGAUCCCCCCUAUUCAUCGCGUCGCCGUCGGACACUACGACGAGUUCACCCACCCAGGCGCGCUCAAGGCAGCCGCGGCAGAGUUCUUUAGCACCCUCAUUUUUGUUUUUGCAGGACAAGGUGCCGGCAUGGCGUAUACUAAGAUCACUCAUGGCGCACCUACGCACCCAUCUGGCCUUGUUGCAGCUGCUUUGGCUCAUGGGUUUGGGCUGUUCGUCGCGGUGGCUGCUGGUGCUAAUCUCUCUGGUGGUCAUGUUAAUCCGGCUGUUACCUUGGGGGCUUGCAUUGGUGGACACCUCACGGUUGUCCGGGCAGUGCUGUAUAUUAUAGCUCAGUUGCUUGGCUCUGUGGCCGCUUGUUUUCUUCUCCUUUUCUCAACUGGUGGCAUGACAACAUCGGCAUUUGCUCUGUCGGGCGUAUCCGUAUGGAGUGCCUUCGUUUUCGAGAUCGUGAUGACAUUCGGACUAGUUUACACGGUGUACGCCACCGCGCUGGACCCAAAGAAGGGUGAAGUAGGAAUCAUAGCACCCCUUGCAAUUGGUUUACUCGUGGGAGCCAACAUUCUAGCCGGUGGUGCAUUCACUGGAGCAUCGAUGAAUCCAGCUGUGUCAUUCGGGCCUGCUUUGGUUAGCUUUGACUUCACCAAUCACUGGAUUUACUGGGCUGGCCCACUUGUUGGUGGUGCGCUCGCUGCAAUUGUGUAUCAACUCAUUUUUAUUAGCGAGAGCCACACGCACGAGCCGUUGCCUAGUCAUGAUUUCUAGGCACUUUCGAGUGGUGAGUCUUGUGACUAGCUAGUAGUGCUGCUAAUAAAAUGAAUUUGUUUUUUUUCUGAGAUUUUUAUUUUGUUGUAUUUUGUCAACGUUGCAUUUGUGUUUUGUUAUGGAGACGUGCAUUCGCCGUUCAAUUUGGUAUUUUGUUUGUUUA